AUGAGUUUAACGGUGGAAAGUUUAAAAGAGCUGUGGGCAAAAGAUUUUCUUCCCAAUAUCCGAAAGGAGAUCCGCAAGGAAAUCGACUCCCUUAAAGCCAGUCUUCUCGACCUCAAAAAAAGGUGCGACGAAAUUGAAAAGUCCCAAAGUUUUAUCUCACAGAAAUACGACACUAUGAUAUCGGCGAUCAAGGACGUAAAAGAACACAACGAAGACGUGAAAAGCCAAAUUAAAGAGAUCAAGGAAGACAUAAACAAGCUCGACAACGAUGGUUUUAAUAUCGAGGUCAAGUUGGAUGAGCUCGAGCAGUACGCGCGACGAGACUGUCUGGAAAUAACCGGUAUUCCAGUGGUACCCUAACGAUAGCCCAGCGUUGCUGGUGAAGGAAAUGUCUGAAAUUAUGGGAGUGAACCUCAACGAAAACGAUAUAUCGAUCGCUCAUCGUUUACCCCCGACGAAGAAAGUGAAAGACCGACUAAUUGUCAAGUUCACUCGAAGAGAGAAAAGAGACGAAAUUUACAGCAAGAGGAAAAACUUAAAGUCCAAGCGGACUAAAGAUCUCCCGUCUGUGGUCUGCGAGCCGGAAUCUGCCGUUAUAAGUCAUAAAGUACAGUGAGAGUUUAACGCCAUACAGAAAACGACUACUGGGCAGAAUCUUACAAUUCAAGCGCGACCACAAUUACAAGUUUAUUUGGACGGCUAACGGUAAAAUAAUGCUGAGGAAAACGGAGAGCUCCACUACGAAAUGUUUUGUAGCCCAUGAGGAAUUCGAAGACUUUCUUGACGAGCACAAUUAAUUAGCUAUCAGUUUAAUUAUAUUACGGAGGUAAAAAUGGCUGAUUACCAGUAAGGCGUAAGUAGUUGAUCACCAUUUUAUGAUUUAACUGAAAGAGAAUUUCAUGCUAUGGUUGGCAGCUGGCCGGAUAGGCUUCAUGAUCUUGACCUUUACGAUCUCCUCCCAAAUCCAAAUAAAUUCAACGAGUGCGUCCCAGAUUUAAUGUUAAAUACCCCCUGCUCAGAAUAUUAUUCAGUCCGUAGCUUUAAUAAAAUGCUCGUAAAUUCAGACGCAAAAUCUUUUUCAAUUCUUCACUGUAAUAUUAGAAGUUUAUCUAAAAACCUAAAUCUAUUAGAAGAACUAUUAUGCCCCCUUGACUCCAAGCUGGAUAUACUUGGAAUUACAGAAACUAAAUAAGGUGAGAAGUCUAUUUCUAAUGUAAAUAUCACAUGGACUCGCCAACAAACGCAGGUAGAGCUGCUUUUUGUAUAGCUGAUAAUCUUAAAGCUGUAUCUAGGCCUGACAUUAAAUUUGACGUAGCGCUAGUUGAAUCCUGCUUGGCAGAAAUUGAUGCUGGUGACGGUAAAAAGAAGAUCAUAACAGGUUGUAUCUACAAGCAUCCAACUUGUAAUUUAGCACAGUUUCGCAACCAACUAAAUGAUGUAAUCAAAACAAUUAAUCCCCAUAGACACGAAAUUUACAUCUUUGGAGAUAUGAAUAUAAAUUUCCUGAAAUUCAAUGAACAUGCUCAAACUGAAGAGUUUUUAGAUAUGGUUUAUGCCAAUAAAAUCUUGCCGAUCAUUACUAAACCUACGAGUCCCACGCCGUACUUUACACUAUUAGAAAUCUUAAAGUUGGAGAAUAUCUUUAAAUUAAAAAUUGGUGCUCUUGUGCAUAGAAUUCAAUAUCAAAAAACGGAUAAACCCCAUGUCCUCUAUGACUUAGUUCAACCGGCUUUAGCUGUCCAUAAUUAUAAUACCAGGUAUGCCACUAAUCAAAACCCGUGCAGACCGUUUUCCAGAACUAAUUAUGGCCUAGCAAGGUUUAGUGUAGUGGCAUCGUAG